AUGACAGACUACCAUACGCCAAGUUUGAAAUGUGAUAGCAUGGAUAUUUCAGUCUCUACCGCACUAGAAGAUAUAUCGCUUCACGACUUUGAACAUGAAUUUAGUGAAAAUGAUGUAGUUGAAACUGAUAAUAAGAGUGAAGAUUUUAUUAUGAUGAAAUGGAAAUCCAAAUUUAAACAUUAUUUUAUCCUUUCUUCAGCUGGAAAACCUAUCUUCAGCAGACAUGGCGACCAGAGUUUAAUCAACAGCUACAUCGGUAUAAUUCAUACAAUAAUUUCAUAUUUUCAGAAUUACAAUGACUCAUUAAUGGGAUUUGUGGCCGGAGAUGUUAGAUUUGCCAUAUCUAUCUACGGGCCACUAUACUUCGUAGCAAUCAGUAGACUAGGGGAGAGCGAUUCUCAACUCCGGGUCCAAUUGGAAGCUUUAUAUAUGCAGAUUCUAUCAACUUUAACGCUACCCACUCUCAGUCACCUAUUUGCCAAUCGACCAAAUACGGACCUCCGGCGUCCACUAGAAGGGACCGAAACCCUUUUAUCAUCACUUGCAGACUCCUUUACAAAAGGAUCCCCAUCAGCUCUUCUUUCCGCAUUGGAGUGUUUGAAUUUGCGAGAAUCUGAGCGAACUAUCAUCAACAACACACUCCUAAAUUGUCGAAGCGAAAAACUCCUCUAUGGCCUCUUGGUUGCUGGAAAUAGACUUGUCAGUGUUGUACGGCCUAAGCGUCACUCUCUCCACCCGAGCGACCUUCAACUAAUAUUCAACAUGAUUUUCGAGGCCAAAGGUGUCAGGGCCGGAGGUGGGGAAAACUGGAUUCCAAUCUGUCUCCCUGGCUUCAAUAAUAAAGGAUAUCUUUAUAUGUACGUGAGCUUUUUGAAUUCCCUUGUGGAUGAUGUUUAUGAAGGUCUACCCACAAGCAUAAAUAAUAGCACAGAAAGUGAAGUUGCAAUAAUUCUAAUUAGUACAUACAAAGAGAGUUUCCAUGAUCAAAGAGAGACGCGGAAUCAAAUAGUCAGGGAGCUCAAAAGCAAUAGUAGUUUCGAAGUUAUAAAAUCUGCAGUCCGCAAAGGCCGCCCCGGCCCAACUAGAUCCCCGUCCGGCACCAGUCUAAAGCAUUUUCUUUAUAAAUCUCGUCCCAACGUGCAAUUCGUUAUGCCUGAUUUUGCCCCUGACUUUAUUGAUCUUUGUGCCCACCGAAGGCUCAUGAUAAUAUACCAUAAAAUGCAUGCAUCAAUACAUGCUAAAAAUUCACACCUAAAAGCGCUUCACUACGUUGGUAGCAAUUAUGUCUCUCUUGGUUGGACUACACCGACCUUCGAAUUUUAUUGUAUUUCAGGCCCUAGAACAUCUGAGGCAGAAUUAACAGAGGCAGCGAGUCAAGUAAUUCAAUGGAUCAAGACCCAAGAGCAGCGACUAUUCAUAACUAGUGGUGCUGUAUUUUAG